AAUAAAAUAAAAAUUCAACCUUCCUUUUCCCACCUCCUGUCCUCCAUCGAUCCUUUCCACUCUUAUUAGUCGGCCAAACAAAAACCACUGCUUAAAAAGUGAAAACAAGUUAAUGGCCACCUGUUUCAUUUUUGGGUUCUUAUGAGUACCUUUCAAAACCAGGCAAUCGCGAAUACCAUUAAACGCUACUCUUCUUCUUUUCUUUUUUUAGAAUUGUAUUUUCAUUUUCUUUUCUUUGGUCAACACUGGUUCCUAUAAGUAUGGAUGGAUUAGCUUCAACAUUUUUUUCUAAUUAUUAUACAGUUUUCUCUUCGGUGCAUGGAUUCAAUCUUAUGUCCUAAAUAUUCAUCGUCGGUUUCUUCUUUGAAUUAUCGGUUUCUCGAAACUUCUACUUCCACGAAUUUCUCUUCCUCGCUCAGUUUUACUUGUCAUAAUAAUAGUAAUCAUAAUUCGGGUUCGGGUUCUGGAUUCGGAUUAUCCACUACAGCCGCUAUGUCCAACGGCAACGGUAUUUACAAACCUAAGAUCGUUACCGGGGAGUACGGUUACGUUCUUGAAGAUGUUCCUCACUUGACCGAUUACCUUCCCGAUCUUCCUACUUAUCCCAAUCCUUUACAAGACAAUCCUGCAUAUUCGGUUGUAAAGCAGUAUUUUGUUCAUACCGAUGAUUCUGUUCCCCAAAAGAUUGUUGUUCACAAGGAUAGUCCAAGAGGAAUACAUUUCCGUCGUGCUGGACCUCGCCAAAAGGUUUAUUUUGAUUCAGAUGAAGUUCAUGCUUGUAUUGUGACGUGUGGGGGUCUCUGCCCUGGGCUCAACACUGUAAUUAGGGAAAUAGUUUGUGGCUUGUACCAUAUGUAUGGCGUGAAGAGAGUGCUGGGUAUAGAUGGAGGAUACAAGGGUUUUUAUGCUCGAAAUACCAUUCCAUUGUCACCUAAGGUUGUAAAUGAUAUUCAUAAACGUGGUGGAACCAUCCUUGGGACAUCACGAGGCGGCCAUGAUACUUCAAAGAUAGUUGAUAGCAUUCAGGAUCGUGGGAUUAAUCAGGUCUACAUAAUUGGAGGAGAUGGAACUCAGAAAGGGGCAUCAGUGAUAUUUGAGGAAAUUCGAAGACGAGGUCUCAAAGUUGCAGUUGCUGGAAUCCCUAAAACCAUCGAUAAUGACAUUCCAGUCAUUGACAAGUCCUUUGGCUUUGACACUGCUGUUGAGGAGGCUCAACGUGCUAUUAAUGCAGCACAUGUUGAAUCUGAAAGUAUAGAGAAUGGUAUUGGUCUUGUGAAGUUAAUGGGUCGCUACAGUGGAUUUAUUGCAAUGUAUGCUACUCUUGCAAGUCGAGAUGUGGAUUGUUGCUUGAUUCCGGAGUCACCAUUUUAUCUAGAAGGGGAAGGUGGACUUUUCGAGUACAUUGAGAAACGACUCAAAGAAAAUGGGCACAUGGUCAUUGUGAUAGCCGAAGGUGCUGGACAGGAGCUGCUUUCUCAGCAAUCAACACUGCAGGAUGCUUCAGGAAACAAGCUCCUCCAAGAUGUUGGGUUGUAUAUAUCGCAGAGGAUCAAGGACUUUUUUUCAAAGCAGAAGAAGAUGCCUAUAAAUCUCAAAUAUAUAGAUCCUACAUAUAUGAUUCGUGCUAUUCCGAGCAAUGCAUCUGAUAAUGUGUACUGCACACUUCUUGCUCAAAGUGCUGUUCAUGGAGCAAUGGCUGGUUACACUGGCUUUACAAGUGGUCUUGUUAAUGGCAGACAAACUUACAUACCCUUCUAUCGAAUUACUGAAAGCCAAAACAAAGUGGUCAUAACAGAUAGGAUGUGGGCUAGGCUUCUGUCUUCAACAAAUCAACCUAGCUUUUUGUGUAAAGAUGACAUUGAAGAAAAGAAAGAGGAGAUUGCCAAAGUGGUGAAAGCAGAACAACCAGAAAAGCAAUUGAUGGAUGAUGGGAAUUGUGCAGAUGACAUUGUGGCAAAGAAAGAGGUCAGCUACAUGUGAUUGAGAUUAUUAUUGCUUAGUCAGUCUGCAGUGAUCUACUACCACUAUUUUCCUACCACGCAUAUUGGUCAACAUUAGAUUAGUGAUAUUCAGAGGGUGAGUUCUGCCUUUCGAGUUUUAUUUAAAGUGGGAGAGGAGAUGGUAGUCUUCACUGCUGAUAUAAAAAAGUUUAUUGUUGUGAAUUAUGGACAAAGAUGAAUGAUUAAGAGUUAGGUCAUGCGCUGGACUGUAGUGUAUGAUGACAUUGUUAUAUUAUAUCAAAAGUAGUUUUUCCA